CAGCCGCACCAGCCCCACCUACCGCCCCAAUCCCCUCAGCAGCCGGCUCCGCCCGCAGGGCAGCCAGCUCCGCCCCGUGCCGUGCUCCGGCAGUUCUGCGGCCGGCAGCGAGGCGCUGGGGCGCGGAUCCCGAAGCGAAGGGAGCCGAGAGUAGCCCGGAGCAGCCCGCAGCAGCCCGCAGCUCGGCGGCCGCGCCGCUCCUCCUCUUCCUGCAGCCGCCGCCAUGGCUCCGCGCCGCGCCGCCUGCCUGCUGCCGCUCCUGGUAGCGGUGGCGAGCGCGGGGCUGGGCGGCUACUUCGGCACCAAGUCCCGCUACGAGGAGGUGAACCCGCACCUGGCGGAGGACCCGCUGUCCCUCGGGCCCCACGCCGCCGCCGCCCGGCUGCCCGCCGCCUGCGCCCCGCUGCAGCUCCGCGCCGUGCUCCGCCACGGCACCCGCUACCCCACGGCCGGGCAGAUCCGCCGCCUGGCCGAGCUGCACGGCCGGCUCCGCCGCGCCGCCUCCCCGUCGUGCCCCGCCGCCGCCGCGCUGGCCGCCUGGCCGAUGUGGUACGAGGAGAGCCUCGACGGGCGGCUGGCGCCGCGUGGCCGCCGCGACAUGGAGCACCUGGCGCGCCGCCUGGCCGCCCGCUUCCCAGCGCUGUUCGCCGCCCGCCGCCGCCUGGCGCUGGCCAGCAGCUCCAAGCACCGCUGCCUGCAGAGCGGAGCGGCCUUCCGGCGCGGCCUCGGGCCUUCACUCAGCCUCGGCAACGACGAGACGGAGAUCGAAGUGAACGACGCCCUGAUGAGGUUCUUUGAUCACUGCGACAAGUUCGUGGCCUUCGUGGAGGACAACGACACAGCCAUGUAUCAAGUGAACGCCUUCAAGGAGGGCCCGGAGAUGAGGAAGGUGUUGGAGAAGGUGGCGAAUACCCUGUGUCUGCCGGCCAGCGAGCUGAAUGCAGAUCUUGUUCAAGUGGCUUUCCUCACUUGCUCCUAUGAGUUGGCUAUAAAAAACGUGACCUCCCCGUGGUGUUCGCUCUUCAGCGAAGAGGAUGCUAAGGUACUGGAGUACCUGAAUGACCUGAAGCAAUACUGGAAGAGAGGAUAUGGCUACGACAUCAAUAGUCGCUCCAGCUGCAUUUUGUUCCAGGAUAUCUUCCAUCAGUUGGACAAAGCGGUGGAUGAGAGCAGAAGUUCCAAACCCAUUUCUUCUCCUUUAAUUGUACAAGUUGGACAUGCAGAAACACUUCAGCCGCUUCUUGCUCUUAUGGGCUUCUUCAAAGAUGCUGAGCCUCUCCGGGCAAACAAUUAUGUCCGCCAGGCACAUCGGAAGUUCCGCAGUGGCCGGAUAGUGCCUUAUGCAGCCAACCUGGUCUUUGUGCUCUACCACUGUGACCAAGCGAAGACCUCUAAGGAGGAGUACCAAGUGCAGCUGUUGCUGAAUGAAAAGCUAAUGCUCUUUCAUCACUCAAAUGAAACCAUCUCUACAUACGCAGACCUCAAGAGCUAUUACAAGGACAUCCUUCAAAACUGUCACUUUGAAGAAGAGUGUGAAUUGCCCAAAUUCAAUGGAACUGUUACUGAUGAACUCUGAGGGAAUGAAAUGGAGGGGCUGGUUUGGAAACUGAGCUCAGUUUUCUUCGACAGACGUUGUGAACAAGCACUUUGGAUGAAACAUUGCUGCUGUGUCGGCUCUCUAAGCUCCCAGAUUUGACGGCCGUUAUUCACCUGGGCUGUCUCGGUCAGCUCAAUGCACUGUUUAUUUAUUACAUAAGAUGAAUGACAAAACCAAAGUCUGUAACAGGGAUGUCCCUGAGCAUUUGUAACAAAUGUGGUGAAUGACAAUGUGUGCCUGUAUAUUUCUGUGUACUGACAAGUAAUUUCCUAGGUCAUUCCUCUUAUGAAUGUGCUGUAGAUAGAAUUUAGAGAGAGAACUGUUUAUUUUAUCAGAGCUGAAGGUGCUUGAACUGAUUCAGUAUUGCUUUGUGCUGCCUUUUUGCUAGCUCUUGCUUUCCUAUGGCAGGCAUGGAAUAAUGUAAACCCAUGAGCUUUUUAAACUCCUUACCUGAGCCCCUAGGAGGGAGAGAGUAUGUGUUACUUCUCUAUAGCUGCCUGGACAGCACCACAUGAGCGUCUCACUCUGGCACUGACAGCAGGAGGAGUUGCUGUGUGGACUGUCUACCUGUAAAGGGACAAGGAUUUAUGUUUAAAUUCCCAUCGACUCAACCAGCACUGCAAGUUAGCCAUCAUGGUAAGUAAAUUCUCCUGGAAGACAAGGGAGGAAGAAUGAGGGAGUGGGAGAUACCACAGCUAUUGAAAGGAAAAAUGGCCAUGCAGCAGUUGAUCUUUGAGCAGUCUGGUGUUUCCUUUCACUUGACACCAUCAAUUUCUCCUGUUAGUGGUUGGGCUGGGGCAUUCAGGUGAGGCUGUGCAAGUAAUUUGAAUGUCUUUGUCUUCCUCAAAUGCUGAAAGUUUCCUUAGAACUUCUGGAGGACUCCAGCACCUCCUGCUGCUUGGAACAGUUGCUAACCCUAAAUCUGGGCAGGCUUCAAACUGAGAAUUAUCUGGCUGGGAUUUGACUUCUGCAAACUUAAAGGCGCAGAACCUGGUAUUACUUAGAUAGGCCUUAUCCACUUGAUAAACCAGCUUGUUCUUGAAAUUGAGCUGGUUUUAAAGAAAUUAACUGCACAAAGGUACUGGUUAUCUUUCAGUGUAUCUGCACUUCACAUAAAUUUACUUGCUGCUGAGAAAGUAUUUUAGAGUACACAACAGAAGAGCAGAAAAAGGAGAAAUCAAGAUCAUUGUCCAGAAAUGUCCAGAAUGCAGCAAGUCAAAUAAAAUUCCCUUCGUUGCCCAGAAGGGAAUGGCUGGUUAAACAGGCUGUCCCAAAGCAAACGCAGGUGUGGCUUUAUGGUGCUGGUAGCUCCUGACAUGUGUGCCCUGUAAAUAACAAGUGCUCCAGAGCUUAGCCCAUAAAGUGAGGGGUAUUUUGCAGUGUUGACUGGGGAGAGGGUGAAAGGGUGGUGUAAACUGUUACCACAGGAGUGCCAUAGGCACUAUAAACGUUUAUACCCUAAUUUACUUAGGUAGCCUCAUCAGCAAAACCUAAAACUUAACUGAUGGAGGGAAAGGGAAGAAAAAGGGAGAGAAACCUGAACUAGUUUAAAGUUUAGAAGUUAAAGGAAUUGCAGACUUAGUUCAUUAUUUUUUUUCUAGAGGACUUGGACUUCUGUCACUUUUUCUUUUAAUACAGCUUAUAUAGAAACACUUUUACAUAUGUCUAAGUUAAAGAGCAACUGAAAAGCUGUUUUUUAGGGUCUCAUUUUAUGAAUGAAAUCCCUGUGAGGAUAUUUUCUGUCUGUUUUUGCUGUUGUAGCUUAUGUGCUCUUCAUAGAGUAGGACAUCCGUCCUGUUUCCUUAGUGCACUGACUUCUAUGGAGGCUGCUGUUCUGCUUAGCAGAGGCACUGAUUAAAGCUGGUGGGUACUUUAGCGUUGAUGUCUUGGUAGAACUCAUGCAUGUUUUAGGUCUGUGGGUCUUUUUCUUACACAGAGGAGGUGGCUGGGGAGGACAGCUGUACUGAAACACCUAUAGGAAUAUAGGUCGGGAUGACUGCCAGCUCCAGCAUAUGACUUUUACUGCCAUUUUAUAUCAGCUUUGUCUCCUUUUUAGCGUGAUCCUGCUCUGAGACCGAGUCAAUUGAACGUAAUUACUCUGUGACAGGUGCCUGUUACAGACUUUAUUGCAAGGUGGUGUUUGAGGCAAGCUAUGAAGACAGAAACUUCUGUGUAAAGGUGGUGAGAUUUGGUAAAUAGCAGACGUGAGGUUGAGAAAAUUCACCUUUGAACAUUCCUUUUUUUCCUGGUUGAGUCAUCCUGUGACCAUUCAUGAUAUGAACAGAAGAAAUGCGAGCUUUGCUGCUGGAGAUAAGUGGAAGGUGUUUGUCUGCUCUGUUACCCACUGUGUUUGUUAAAGAUAUAGUGUUCUUUGCAGAGGAAGAGUAUGCUGCCCUAACUGAUUUUUAUUUAAUCCUGAACCCCAGAUAAGGUGGAAGAACCAAACAAUUAUUUCUAUGGUGAAGUAUCAUUUGUUUCUGCAUUAAAGGUGAUAGCUUGGUAGAAGAAUUCUGUGCAAGGGAACAGACUUUUCAGAGCCUGUUUCCUAUUUGGCUUAGGGGCCCAUUGUAUCUCCAUCAUAACAGAUGUAUCUGCAGUAACCACGAAUAAAUUUGUACAUGGGCUCAAAAGGAAAACCAAACAGGAUCAAAGUAUUCCUAUAAAGUUGGGCACUGGCUCAGUGAGCAGGAUGCAAACAGGCUGCCACCUCAUCGCACUGCAAGUUGGCCCAUCCUGGAAUAGCCCUCCCAGGUCAAAGGAUGCCUUUGCCUCCUGCAUGCAGCUCCAGACAGAACCCCUCACCUCAGGCCUCCAGUGACAGCCCCGUUCACCUAUACUGGAACCUUCCAUUGAUGGAAGACUUAGACUGUGUUCUUGGAUGCUGGCAUUAAACACACUUGAAACGUAUUUAAUUUUGGAUGUCUAAAGCUUUACUAAUGUUUCUGGAAAACUCAUUUUUUUUCCUCAUUUUGCUGUAGUUUUGGCUGGCAUGGAGCUCUCUGAUUGCUGCAUGCAACAUGACUUUUGUGAUCUUAUGGGACUAACUGGGUGAAUUUGGAUAACUGCUUUUGGAUUGUUAGUGCUGUGAAAUAAAAUGGCACACUUUCUUCACCUGUUCUAUGAGCAACAAAAAUGAACCAUAAUGUACCACCAUGCCUGUGUUCUGCUUCAAAUACAUUUGGCAGACUGCUGUUCCUUGCAGUGCA